GGCCCCCGACAAGUGGGGUUCUAGCCUAAGUCUGUUUUCCUUAUCAAAAAAAAAAAAAAAAAAUUAUUAUACACCUAAAUGUAUGUUGUAAAAAAAAAAAAUACACCAAAAUGUAUAAUCAAAAGUUGUACUUUUUAGUUUUUACUAGGUUGGUUCAAGUGAAAAGUAGUCUAGAAUGUAGAUAACUCCAUUUAUCUAAAAAAAAUAAAGAAAAGAAAAAUACACACUCUCCUCGCAACGGUACUCUCUCUCACACCAUCGCCGUCGGAAAAAUACGAGCCAUCACCCGCACCACCUGCCAACGCUCUUCACAGCCAACUUCAGGAAUUCGAAUUUAGAGUGGUCGAGGGUGACCCAUCAUUCAUAAAUUCCUGGAUCCGCCAUAUUGGGUUAUAAGUGCAAAGACGGAUUGUUUGGCCUAGAUAACAUGUAGGUGCUAUGCGAUUUUGGAAUGAGAAAGCAGUCUGGUUGACAUUCAUGCUCUCCAUAUGCUGCUCCACAGCAAGAACUUUGGAGAAACUCCUCCGUGCUAAGAAUGUCAUUUUUCCCUCUCUCAUCAAUCCAUCAUCUUAUUGCUGCAUACGAAAGUUGAGUUAUGUCAAUGUAUACAUGAAAUGGAAAAAGGAUCCUAGCUAUGACUCAAUUGAAACAAUCUUUAGGAGUCCAGAAUUGAAAUCAUUGAUAUCUCUUAAAAACUGCAUUUCCCAAGCUCCCAGUGGGUGCAUUCCAAUCUCAGAUGUAUCUAAACGGGGCAAGGAAUUGGGUGUGCCCGUGAAAGUUGCGAAGUUUAUGAGGCUGUAUCCCUCUGUGUUUGAAGAGUUUGUGGGGCCCCAAUACAAUUUGCCAUGGUUUAGAUUGACCCCAGAGGCAAUAAAGAUUGAUGUAGAGGAGAAGGCAAUUUAUGAGGAUUGUAGAUCGGAUUUGCAGCUUCGGCUGAAGAAGUUGAUUCUAAUGACUAGAGAGAAAAGGUUGCCAUUGAGGAUAAUUCAAGGGGUUCAGUGGUAUUUAGGUCUGCCUGAUGGUUUUCUGAAAAAUCCAGAAAAAAAUCUUGACGGUUCCUUCAGAUUUGUGGAAAUGGAAGAUGGGGAUAGAGCAUUAGCCGUAGAUUGUGGAGAAAAGAUGCUGUCCACUUUGCAGAAAAAUUUGGUUGGUAGAGGAAUGUGCAACGGGGGUUGGAUGGAGCCAAUCCCAUUUCCACUUUUUCCCUCAAGAGGCUUGAGAUUGAAAACAAAGAUUUCAGCUUGGUUGGAUGAGUUUCAGAAGCUUCCUUAUGUAUCUCCAUAUGAGGACUUUUCACAUUUGAAUCCAGAUAGUGAUAUAGCAGAAAAAAGAGUUGUGGGUGCUUUGCAUGAAUUACUCUCCCUCUUUGUAGAGCAUGCUGCUGAAAGGAAGAGACUUCUGUGUCUUAAAAAGUACCUAGGAUUUCCACAAAAGUUUCAUAAGGCAUUUGAGAGACACCCGCAUAUGUUUUAUCUCUCUUUGAAGGCUCAUACCUGCACAGCAAUCCUGAAGGAAGCUUACAAUGAUGCGGCUGCUAUAGAGAGGCAUCCCUUGUUUACACUGAGAAAGAAAUACAUAGAGUUGAUGACAGAUUCAGACAGGAUCUUAAAACAACGGAGGUUGAACAAGAACUUGAUUUAUGGGCAAAAUGCAGAUUCAAUUUCAGAUAUAAAUUCAGAAUACAGAGAUGAAAUGGCAUUGUAGUCGAGAAGAGCUCCUCCAAAGUACAUGCUGUCAUUAAUUUUGCCGCUAGAUGGAGACUAACUCAUAUAUCUUUUAGACGUUUGAUAAUCUGUACAUUUGUGGUUCCUAAUGUGAGAUUAUAAUGCUGGAGGUUAAUAUAGUUUGUAGAGAGUUCAAGAAUGAUAUAUCCCCCUGAGCCCAUCAUUCUGUUCCCCCUGAGCCCAUCAUUCUGUUCAUUUCAUGCCCCAGUUCCUAUAUCUAAGAGCUUCAUGGUUACCUUCAUACUGUUAAUGCUAAGCUCCUUUGUAGCAUCUUUUACUGA